AAGCAUUCUUAUUAGCUUUCGUUUUGUUUAUAUUCAGACAUAUACGUAAUUUUAUUCAAUUUUAUGAAGGACUUUCACGAUGGCAGCAACGAACUGGCUCUGUGUUCCUUUGAAACGUUCGUCAAGUAGCGAUAUUGAUUUUAAAAAACCUUUAGAGAAGUUUAUAAAGUCGACGUUUUCUAAAGAAACUUACGAUGAAAUUAAAGAUAACAUCAUCGAGCUUAAUAAGCUACGAAUAAAUGCUGUUAACCGCUCACCAGAGAAACAUCAAACUUCCUUAGAUACUUUAUUGAGGUACUAUGAUCAACUUGUCAGCAUGGAAAGUAAACUUCCUAUUUCAGAAAAUCAGAUACGUAUUACAUUUUCAUGGCAUAAUGCCUUUGAUAAAAGCUCAUGGUUAUCUAGCGAUAAAGCAGCAUUGGCUAGUGCAUCAUAUGAAAAAAUCUGUUUGCUUUUUAAUAUUGGUGCACUUCAAAGUCAAAUUGCAGGUUCUCAAAACUUGACAUCGGAUGAUGGUCUAAAAUCUUCUGCUAAAUAUUUUCAGGCUUCAAGUGGUACAUUUCAAAUGAUAAAAGAUCAAGUUUUUAGUGUUCUUCAUCAAAUUCCCACAUCCGAUCUAUCUGUGGAAUGUUUGACUGCACUCUCAGCUUUAAUGCUAGCACAGGCUCAAGAAGCAUUUUGCCUUAAAGCCAUUCAAGAUAAAAUGAAGGAUUCGGUAAUUGCCAAACUUGCAUCACAAACCUCAGAUUUUUACAGCAAUGCUCUCCAAGCGACCAGUGUAACUACAUCACGACAAAUUUUCGAGAAGGAUUGGAUGGGGAUGAUUUCAGGAAAAAGUUAUUUUAUAGCUAUUGCUGAGUAUCAUCAAGCAUCUGUCGUAAAAGAUAAAGGAUCAUAUGGUGAACAAGUUUCUCGACUUAAGGUGGCAGUAGAUUGUAUUGCAGAAGCAGUUCGUGUGAGUCAAGGAACUAUGAAUGUUCAGACUUGGUCUGAGAAAAUCAACCGUGCUCACCAUGAAGCAAAAAAAGACAACGAUUUUAUAUAUCAUGACCAAGAACCACGACGUGACAUGCUACAGCCUAUUGGUCGUGCUACUGUGGCGAAAUCCGUACCUCUUGGAAAUCAUCCUGUAACGAGCAAUUUUAAAGAUAUUUUCGAGAAAUUGAUACCAACCGCUGUUCAUCAAGCAUUGCAGGCAUUUGAAUCGAGACAAGCGGAAAUAACGAAUAUUGAAGUUGGACGCUCGAGAACUGCGACGAAUGAAUUAAAGAGUUUUUUAGCAUCAUUGAAUUUACCCGCUGCAAUCGAAGAUCUUUCUGGUGAGCAAGUGCCAAAGUCUGUUCUGGAGAAAGCAAGCUCGGUGCGUGAACAAGGAGGUCUCGCUACUAUUGACCAACAGUUGCAAAAUUUGCCUGAUCUUUUAGAUCGAAACCGCGAAAUCUUAGACGAGGCCGUUCGUUUACUCGAUGAAGAAGAAAGACAAGAUACUCAGAUGAGAGAACAUUUUAAAGAUAAAUGGACGCCAAAGCCAUCGGCAGAACUAACAGCUAACCUAAGACAAGAAUGUGCCAAAUAUCAGGCAAUCGUCAAAAAUGCUACAAAUGCUGAUAAAGUUGUAAAAGAAAAUUACAAUAACCAUAAGAAUGCCAUGGAAUUCCUAUCAAAAACAGACGAUAUAAUAGCCAACAGUUUACCUAAAGUUCAGACAUCCGGUAAACAAGCAAGUCCAGUGGUUUUAGAACUGAGGCAACUUCUGGAGGAAGCUGAGACCAUUAAAGCCGAACGUGAAGUUAUUGAAGGUGAAUUCACCUCACCUUCACAGGACAUGGCGGCGAAAUUUCUUAGUGCUCUAGCUGCAGAUGGUACAAUUACUGAUCUCGAAGGAAUAACUUCAAAUGGCUUAGAAGAAAAGUACAAUCCGCUAAGACAACAAGUUGAAAAUUCCUUGGAACGGCAACAAGCAUUGAUUGCCAAAAUAAAGGAAGUCAAUGAUCAAUUCGUGAUUGAAAAGACGUCUGGUCAAACUGCAAGCGAGAGAGAAAAAAUGCUAAAAGAUUUGGCAGCUGCUUACGAUGUUUACACUGAGCUUACAUCCAAUUUGAAGGAAGGAACCAAAUUUUAUAACGAUCUAACUGAAAUUCUUCUGAAGUAUCAAAGCAAAAUAUCAGAUCUUGUUUUUGCACGUAAAACUGAAAAAGAAGACCUUUCUAGAGAAUUACAACAGUCUCUAGCCAAUAGUCCGGUUGAUCCAGUUCCUAAUGCACCUAAACAUCACGAAGCUCAAGCUAGCCCCACUCCACCCGCACGCCCUACUCCACCUUCACGUCCUUCAAGACCUCCUCGUAAAAUGGACGCCCCUGAAACAACAGUAUCACAACCACCUGUUCCAUCACAAGUCGCUAGCACUCCUCCUCCUCAAUACCCAGCCUCAGGUUAUCCCCAAUCCACUCCUCCAACUGCACCAUUUCCAAGCCCCCCUGGUGGAUAUCAGCCUAUAUCACCAACAGGAUAUCAACAAUACCCAAAUUAUGCUCCACCAGGAGGUAUUGCAUCCAUUGUUCCUGGUUAUCCAGGUUAUCAAUAUCCUGGUGCUUUACCUCCUACGUGGCACUAUCAUGGUCAAGGUCAGGUGUUUCCACAACAGCCUCCACAAAAUUACCCAUACCAAGGCUAUCCGUACCAAGGGCCACCUGGUGGUUAUCCUAGCCACUAACAUGUUUUUCAUGCCAAUUUUCUUUAUAUAUUAUCAGGUCUAUCUAUUGAUAUUUCAUAGUAAAAUUGAAUCGGAAAAAUAGAUGAGUUCAUGUGUGAUCAAUUAUAAAAUGUUUUAAACAUCUAUUCCUGAAAAUACAAAUAAAUUUCAUAGAAAGUGUUAACAAUUAAAACUUUGAAAGAUUGAAAGCUUAGAAACAUAUAAAAUAAAUAUUCCUUGAGAUCAUGUAUAUGACGACGUUACUUUGGAUUUCCAUCUUUGUUAACUUAACAAUGACAUUUUAUUAUUACAUAUUGUUUAUUAUACGAAAAAUUGUUUUGGGAGUCACAACAUGAAGAAAAAAGAACUUAACUUUAUUAAUUUGUAUUUCACAUAAUUUACAAUCAUUACAUCAAUCGUUGGCAUUGAUUGAAAUGUAUGUUAGUUGGUAUUAAACUUAAUGGGUAAGUUAAAUUAAUCUCAGACAUUGACAAAAAAUAAACUUGUUUUUAAAACAA